GCCUUUGGCGUAAAAGUCAUGGCCCACCCGACGAUAGCCACGCUCGUCAAGAACGCCGGCUACGACAGCCUCUUCAUCGACCUGGAGCACUCCAACCUCAGCAUCUCCGACGCCAGCAUCCUCAGCCACGCCAGCCUCAACGUCGGCCUGACCCCGUUCGUCCGCGUCCCCCACCAGUGCGGCAACGGCUUCGUGCAGAGGGUGCUGGACGGCGGCGCCAUGGGCGUCAUCUUUCCCCAUGUCUCUACCGUCGAGGACGCAAAAGCCGCAGUAUCCAUAUCCAAAUACCCACCGCAGGGCGUGCGAUCCAUGACGGGCCAGCUGCCCAUAUUCAACCUCGAGGCCGUGCCGCAGACGACCGUGAUCGCCGAGGGCAACGCGCCGUCGGGCUCGACGGUCCUGGUCAUGAUCGAGGACGGGCGGGCCGUGGCCAACGCCGACGCCAUCGCCGCCGUGCCGGGCGUCGACGUCCUGCUCAUCGGCUCCAACGACCUGGCCGUCGACCUGGGCGCGCCGGGCGCCUUUGCGACGCCCCAGUUUCGCUCCGCGCUCGAGGCCGUCGCCGCCGCGUGCGCCAGGCACGCCAAGAUCUUGGCCCUGGCUGGCAUCUACGACCAGCCCGAGACCCAGGGAUGGGUCGUGCGGACCCUGGGGGCCAAGUAUCUGCUCUGCCAACAGGACACGGCCGUGGUGGCUUCGGGGGCCGCCAGUGCCUUGAGGGCGGUCGAGCUCAAUGUUGAAAAGUCGGCGAGUUAG